AUGUGGCAGACGCUCCACGCCACGUUCGUGCGGGAGGCGCGCGAGUCCGGCACCGCGGGGCGGUCGCGAUGCCGAACGCUAGCGAUGCGAGGGACGCAGUUCGGCGAGUUCUACGACGAGCUCGCGGGAAGGCGCGCGGUGUUCGAGAAGUGGUUCCCGCUGAACGAAGCCAGGGCGUUCGGGAUCAGCGGCGACCGGACGCAGAACGUGCUGCGAAGGAUACGCGACGGCGAGCUGAGCUUCCGGCAUCCCCCGGGCGUCGUCGUCCUGUGCGUGGGGACGAACAACCUGGGUCGCGACAACGACGGCCCCGCGGACACGUUCCUGGGGAUACGCGCGGUCGUUCUCGAGAUUCUGCAGACGCUCCCGGGGACGCGCGUGCUGCUGACGGGGAUCUUGCCGAGAGGGCCCGCGAAGGGACGGAGCUCGAUGCCGCCGGCCGCGGGCGAGGCGGCGUCGUACGCGGACGAGCCGCGAGGAGUCCGUCUCGACGGAGAGAGAAGAAAAAACUCGUCCCCGUCGUCCAAGUACGCGCAGCCAGGCGCGCACACCGCCGCGAUCGAGGAAGUCAACGCGCGCUUGAAAGCGCUCGCGCGCGGCAGCGGCGGCGUCGUCGCGUUCGUCGACUGCGCCUCCGCGUUCCUCUCCGACGACGGCGCGUCGAUCCGCCCCGAGCGCAUGCGAGACGUGCUGCACCCGACGGCAGAGGGCAUGCACGCGUGGUUUCAAAUCUUAAAGCCCGCGGUGGAGGCGCUGCGGAACGCGCCGGCGCCGAGCGAGAGCUGGUACACCGGCGCGUCCGUCGCGCCCGCGAGCGAGAACGGCACGCUCGAGAGCGUGGACGGGGGCGUGCGACUGGCGCUCUCGAGGUGCGUUCUGUCUCACACUGGUCCCCAUACGACCGCGUUGGCGUGGUGA